GCGAUCCUCUUCGGCUUCCGUACACUGGUCCCUCCUGUCAUUUAGACCGGGUGGUGACGUACUUGGUUCCUGCAGCUGGGACUAUUCGCUGGCUAAACAAAAUUAAAUUAACUUAACUUUGUUUUAUUACAAAUACUAUUCCUAUUUUCGAACCAUGGCUGUGAACACAGGCACCUCUCUAGUGCUGUCCAGUCUGCUGUCAGUGCUGGUCUUUGCUGGGAUGCAGAUGUUCAGUAAGCAGCUGGGAUCCACAGAGUGGCUGACCAUCCUGGGAGGGUUUCUAGGCUCGGUCCUCUUCAUCUGCUCGCUCACUGCAUUUAAUAAUUUGGAAAACCUGAUUUUUGGGAAGGGAUUUCAAGCAAAGAUGUUCCCAGAAAUUCUCCUGUGCCUUUGCCUGUCGCUGUUUGCCUCUGGUCUGGUGCACCGUGUGUGUGUCACUACGUGCUUGAUAUUCUCUCUGUUUGCUUUGUACUACAUCAACAAAGUAUCUGCUGCCCUCUACCAAGCAGCUGUUCCUGCAGUAACACCAGCCAAAGCUGUCAGCAAGGGCAAGAGGAAGAACUGAUGAUGUAUUGCACUUCAAUUUAGUUAACCAGUCAAACUUCCCCCAGUGCUGAUGCCCAGUGCAAGACAGGACUUGCAUAUUUUUGUUAAUAACUUCUUAAACUUUUGACCUGUAACCUUUUAAACAUUUGAUUUGGGAAUAUUAGCUGAAAGUGAUUUAAUGACAUCUGGUUUAUAUUCAUCAUACUGACACAUUGUUGGUUUAUGUAUAAGGCCAUAAAUAACUAAACAGUCGUGUACAUUCCAGUGUUUCUUCAAUUUUGCUACUGGUUGAUUCAUACAGUACAUCCCAACAUGGUACUUGUAUAUUCAUCAGCACAUUUAGUCUUUGUUUAAAAUUCAUUUUCUAAUUAAACUAGAUAAAGUGUUU